AUGGCUCUCAAGGUCAAAACUGCUGAAACCAAGGUUGUUCUGGUGAACCUUUUGAUAUGCAUAAUAGUUUUCUACACUGUGUACUAUGUGGUCCUCUCUGUCUGCUUUGCAGUAUUCAGGAUUAAAAUGUUGGAUGGUUUGGCACCUUUUGAUUUUAAAACAAAUCCCUCAUGGAUUAACCCAUAUUAUUUAGUUCUUGUGAUAUCCUUGGAAACAACUUUCUUCCUCUGUGGUCUGCUGUUUGCUCUGGUUGUGGAAGAAUGGGUUUGGGACUAUGGGGUAACAGUCACAAUUAUUCAUAUCAUCAUAACUUCAGUCGUUAUGUCUGAAUUCCCCCUGAUGUUACACUGGUGGCUGGCAUUAGGAUCUGGAGUAAUUUCAAUGAUUUGUGCAGGACAGAUUUUGGCAUAUUGCUUGUUCAAAGACAACUUCAUUUACCCAAUUCUAGAUGACUUUUGAAAAGGAAUAUUAGAACUUGCCUUUAUAUCUCUGUGAAUUCUAAUGUUUCAUUAAUCAAUGUAAUUAAAAUGAAUGGAAGUUAGCAACUGUCUAAUAGGAAGGUUAAUAUUUAGCUUACCAGAUCUCUUGUAUCUUUUGUUUUUUGGCAAUUUCAUAACUUUCAGCUUUUGUAUAUAUGUUUUUCAUCAAUCAAGUAUUUAGAUACACUGUCUCUUUUUUAGAAACCAAGAAGCCCUAAGGAGGCUUCCUUCUUUCUUCCCCAGCUACCAGUGGCUAAAGUGACGGUUUAUGGGCAGUGGUAGUUAAAAACAACAAACAAACCAUAGUAGUGGAUUCAAUUUCCUCUUUAUGUCUUUAAUCAUAAUAAAGUUGUAACAGAAGAAUUGUAAGAAGGCAGCUUAGUCUUAAAUAUGAAAUCCAGUGAUUGGAUUUCAACUGCAGUUUGCUUGGAAGAGGAAGACUAAAUUGCUGUUUGCACAGGAGUGCUAAAUGUUGUAUUUGCCUUAAUCUUGCUCAGCAGAUAAUAACUCUGAAGAAUCAGCCCCCUAUUGAUCUAAUCAAACAUCUUAAAAUUUAUUGCAAGUUUUGAAAUUUUCAAUUAAGUUUCAGCACUGAAGGUACAUGUACAGUGAGAAGUACCACUCAGAGACUCCCCAUAGAAGUUUUUUCUCAUGAAUGAUAAAUAUGUAAGUCAUUUUAGAGUCAAACCAAAUAUGUAAAUCCAUACCACUGAACUGAUGUGGACUUUAGAAGUUUUUCAGCAUAAUAUGCUGCAUACUGAGGUCAG